CUUCCAUCCAACCUUGCGCGUCCAUUUGCUUUCGUCGGCUCUUCUUCUUGCCUUCGUAAUACUGCAAUCGGUCCAACUGCGAAAGACAUCACAAUUACCAGCGACUUCACCAGCGGAUCGAUACCUCGGAUUGAACUACUCUCUCCACAUCCCGAAGAUUCUCUCUGUCCAACUCUCAGCAUGCUGUCGUCCUCCGCAAAGUCCAGCGGCCGGUUACCUCGCAAAUGGACAGUAGCGGAAGACCAUAAGCUGAAGGAGGAGGUUGAGGCUCAGAUGGUUGAAGGCGAAGUGAAAGACUGGUGUCGGAUAGCAGCCAAGCUCCCUGGCAGAACAAACAAAGACUGCAGAAAAAGGUGGCACAACUCAGUAGCUGGAGGUCUGAAAAAGGGACAGUGGUCAAAAAGCGAAGAUGUUCAACUUGCGAAAGGAGUAGAGCAGUACGGCCAAAGAUGGACCUUGGUAGCCAACGUAGUCGGGUCACGAAGUGCAGAUCAAUGUGCGAAAAGAUGGCAGCAAUCGCUUGACCCAGAUCUUGACCGUAGCGAGUGGCGAGAUACAGAUGAUAAAGUUCUCAUCGAUGCAGUCCAGAAACUUGGCCGACACUGGAAAGACAUCCAACGACAUCAUUUCCAAGGACGCUCUAAGAACUGUAUCAAGAAUCGCUACACUGUUCUCGUCCGCCGGUAUCAAAACCAAGGCAUCAUACUACCCCAGCCCGCAGGCACACCCGAACCGAGCACAUACUCAGCCACAGAUGACGACGAUAUGUCUUAUGGAUCUACCACAUACGAUGAUUUGCUCCCCGCGCACACGACCCAGGUCUCCACCCCUGAAACACAGCACUCUUGGCCCACGGACAGCUCCUAUUCUGCCUGGACAUCCCAAGAAUCCUUCGACGUUAUGACCUCCACCGCCCCGACGUAUCCCCACGUGCCCCUGACCGUGAAUGUCAGCCAGGGUGCACAGUGGGACUGGGCUACGACUUCUAUGAACACUUCGCAUUCCCCCAUGAUGGCACUCGCCUCGCCACACAUAUACCCGCACGUGUCGGACCACGCUACCCUCUCGCCGUACGACCACUACGCCGCCAGCCCCGCGAUGCUGAGCCCGACGACCGCGAUGAAUUAUGGCGGGCAUGUGGCGCGCGGCCCGACGAGCUCGCCCAUCUCGAGCAACGCGAGCCCUUCGUACCAGGAUCCGCAUGCCAUGGCCCAGUUCAUGAGAUACGAGAUGCGGCGUGAUCCUCCUUACCAAUAUUAAUAUGGGGAUGAUGAUGCAUGGCGUUAGCGUUGAGGCUGUGCAGCGUAGCAGAGGAGAGAGAAACGAUAUAGACAGCUCCAUAUCCGUUGGCCGGAAAACCAAGCAAGGUUCCGCUAACCAUCUUACGAACGUAUCGAACAUCCAAUCAAUAAUUGAUAAUCCGUAUCCAUGCUCGCG